AUGGCUGCGACCGAGCGUACGCAUGACGACGGACAGCAAAUGGAGGAGGCGGAGGAGGAUAGCCUCAGGACCCUCAAGUAUCACUUGCUGGGCCCGUCCUUGACCAAGGCUGGCCAGGACAAGGUCGAUCAAGGCAAGGUUUCCGAAAUCAUCUACAAUGCGUCUAAAGGCUCCAAGUUCUUCAAUCGGGAAGAGGCCCGCGACAAGAUUCUCACCAAGAAAAUAGAGCAGAUCCUGCAACGGAAGCGGAAGCUCGAGGAGCGUGACCUAUCCCGCGACCUACGAAACGCCGACCGCACGAUUGCCGAGCUCGAGGUGUCCCGGGAUCUUACACAACACGUUGUUCAUAUCGAUUGUGAUGCCUUUUAUGCAGCGGUGGAGCAAUUGGAGAGGCCUGAGCUCAAGACCCUGCCGUUUGCGGUCGGCGGCGGCGUUCUCACAACUUGCAACUACGUCGCCCGACAGUUCGGCUGCCGCUCUGGCAUGGCCGGCUUCGUCGCAAAGAAGCUCUGCCCUGACCUCAUCUUUAUCAAACCCAAUUUCCAAAAAUAUACCGCCAAAGCCCAAGAAAUAAGAGAAAUUCUUGCCGAGUACGACCCGCGAUUCGAGAGUGCCAGCAUUGACGAAGCAUACUUGAACAUUACUGAAUACUGCGCAGAGCGCGACGUUGGUCCCGCAGAAGCAAUUGAGGAGAUGAGAAGCGAGAUUCACCAAAAGACAAACAUUACCGUCUCGGCCGGAAUUGCCGCAAACACAAAACUUGCCAAGAUUUGCUCGAACAUGAACAAGCCCAAUGGCCAGUUUGUCUUGCCCAAUGACAGAAGUACCAUCAUGGCAUUUAUGCGAGACUUGCCGACCAGGAAGGUCAACGGCAUUGGCCGAGUCCUGGAACGAGAGCUUCUCGAGGUUGGAGUGAGAACAUGCGGGGACAUUUACGAGCAGAGGAAAUACUUGAACCAGCUCUUUGGAGAAAAGACUUUUGAAUUUCUGUUGACCUGCCAUUUGGGGCUGGGCCGCACCCGAAUUCAGCCUGCCGAGGACUAUGAACGGAAGAGCGUCGGGACAGAGAGCACGUUUGGGGAAAUGUCCGAUGGCGCAAAACUGCGACAAAAGCUGCGCUCGACGGCGGAGGAGCUCGAGCAGGACAUGAAGCGAGCCGAAUGCAAAGGUCGCACGUUGUGCCUCAAGGUCAAAUUGCAUACCUUUGAAGUUUUGACACGUCAACAGGUCAUGCCGAGGGCAAUCGGCCUCGCAGACGACCUCUACAGCUUUGCGUUGCCUAUGCUUGCCAAGCUAGAGCAAGAAAUGCCAGGCAUGAAGCUGCGGCUCAUGGGCUUACGCUGCACGCAUCUCGUCAGCACCAAGAAACCUGAUACAAUGGCCUUUUUUGGGUUCAAGCAACGGAGACUCGCGGCCGAAGACGAGCUGGAGUCGGAAGCUGGUAAAAGAAAGGCAGCCGGAGCCUUGGAAGACGAGGCCGGUUGGGAAACGCUGCUUACGGAGGAGCCACGUCCCAAGGAGGCCGACAGGACGACGGACUCGAACUUCAUAAACGACAUGGACGACGCCAGUGCGCUGGCAUAUGAGGAAUGGUGGGACUGUCCCAUCUGCCUCAGGCCGCAGUCUGCAAAUGAGCGACAGUUCAACGAGCACAUUGACCUCUGCCUAUCUCGUCAAACGAUACGCGAUGCGGUUCAGGGUGACGAACCGGAACGGGCGCGGGACAGCCCGCCUGGGAGCAAAAGACCCAAGACUGCGGAGAGAAAGCGAGGGAGGGCAUCUGCCUCGGAUCCCAAGCAGAAGAAGCUGUUCUUUGGAUAG